GAAAUGCCUAGAGAAGCAGCCAGCCAGGCACAGGAAGGCAAAACACCAGACAGGCAAGCACUAUGGAGGCUGCAGCUGCUAAAUUCUUGUUCCAGGCUACAGUGACUCAGAUCUGUCACUCUGCCAGAGAUAUCCAGCCAAGAGAGCAGCCAGAAAGCAACCCUACAUUAUGGAGACCCUGGAUUCUCACAGCAAGAGAUGCUGAACUGGGACGUCAAGGAAUGUCUGAACUGGACGGUGAUCAGAGAAAUUUUAGCUCAAAAGGAGCUUUGGGGUUUCAGCAUCCAGUGAGACUUUAUUUGCCCAAAUCUAAAUCCCAGAAGUUCCUACACAACAUUGGAAAGACGGUUCUGGCCAGUUUUCCAGUACAAGCCACAAUUCAUUUCUACAAUGAUGACUCUGAUUCUGAAGAUGACGAGGAAGGAAGGAAUUCAGCUUUAUAAUGAACAUACUCAGCCUCUGAGGACCAUGUAAAUCAAGAGACAAAAAAUGGCCUCUAAUGUGUUUACUAGCAAAAAUCAUAUAAACCAAAAAAACAGAUCUAAAGGUCAUGUGAGAAUCAUCUUCUUGCUGUCAUGUGAAAAAUAGUGGGGAGAUGCAAAUGGCAACAAACAUGGAAGGUUUGUUUUCUUUUUGGGGGGCUUACAGGAACAAAAGUCCUUAGAGCAGUUUUUAAAAUUUUAAGUUGCAGAGCUUUGUGUGGUCCCCAAACUCACUCUGGCUGGAGUAACAUCUGUAUUAUGACCGUUAAUGUCACGGUUACCAUUGCACUGUGCUCAGCACAAAUGCUAUUUUAUGUUGUGUUGGAAGAUAAAAAUAUAUGCCUGAUUAUGGGGAAAAUAUACACGCCCCCAACACCUCUCUAAAUUAGAUUUUUUUGGUGAGAUGUGUAAAUGAGAAACUCAUAUUCAUUGUCUCACUAUAUCAUCUGGGAUUCUGCCUGUAAACUGCUACAAGUUCUGCUCCCUAAGUAAUCAGAAAAGAGUCCUGCCAUUAAUCAGGAAAAGGUGCCAAAGCAUGAAUAAUAAAAUAUGAUUUAACAGUGAAUUAAAGGGUGUAUUAGAGAAUUUUAAACAACAACAACAAAAAAUGCUGAGGUAUAGCUAUAGAAGGACCUUAGAUGCAUGAAAAAUGUGCAGAAGAGAACAUUUAAGAAGGGUCCAAACUGCAAAAUUCAAAUCCUAUUCUAAACUUUUCUAAAAUGUAGUGGGUUUGAAGAUGGGAUUUUAGCAUAGCUUAUUACAAAUCAACUAUAAAGUUUAGAUUUAGAGCGGAACAUCCUCUAGUUUAUUUUGUGUUCAGAUGCAGGGUGACUAAGUUACUGCUUAGUCUUGCUAAUUGCUUUCAUAAGCCAUUUUAACAACAUUAUGCCAAGUUCACCUUUCUAAACGAAGCUUUUUAAAUCUGCUUCCUAUCACAGACUUUGACAUGUAGGCAGGGUUUUGAAAGGAUUCUUUAUUACACCCCUCCCCCACAAACUUCCAAAUUCAAAAUAUCUCUUUCUAGUUGUUCUCUAGUUUCUCACUUGUAGUGUUGGAAUAUUGCUGUUUGUCUUAUAAAUAUUUUGUACAGUUUCUAGAUGUAUGAAAAUAAUUAACUGCCGUCUUAUUUUGAGUACAGCUAUGAUUCUGCAAAGAUUUAUGCAUGUGCUUAACUUUAUGUAUGUGAAUAUUUCAGUUGAAAUCAGUGGGACUACUCUUGUCCCUAAAGUUAUGUGCUUGAAUAACUGCUUGCAGAAUUAGGGCAUAAGACAUUCCAUUGCAUUAAAUUAGAUUUAUUGGAACAAUAUCAAUUUAAUUUUUUAAAUUUUUUCUCUCCUUUGUAAAAACUUGUAUACAGAUUAGAAAAUAAAAUUUCUCACUUUUCAUUUGAGAAACAUUAA